CACUCUUGUUGUCUUCCAUUGAAUUAAACCUCCAUUUUCUUUUCUUUCUUUCUUUUUUCCCCCUUGUUUUCUUAUUGUCAUUUGUGCCUCUCUUUUUUUCAUUACAAGAAAAUGGCAUUCAGUGGGACGACAGAGAAAUGCAGGUCUUGUGAUAAGACUGUUCAUUUCAUUGAAAUGGUAUCUGUUGAUGGUGUACCUUAUCAUAAGACUUGUUUUAGAUGCAGUCAUUGCAAAGGCCUUCUUGUGAUGGGAAGCCAUUGUCAAAGGGAAGGAAACCUUUAUUGCAAGCCUCACUUUGAGCAAUUCUUUAGGGGAACCGGGAGUUACACUUCCAAAGACAAGCCCAAUGGACUGCAAAGGGCACCAAGCAAAGUUGCAUCCCUUUUCUCUGGCACACAAGACAAAUGUGGAGUCUGUAAGAAAACUUGUUAUCCUUUAGAAAAGGUGACUGUGGAAGGUGAAAUAUACCAUAAAAACUGCUUUAGGUGUGCACAUGGAGGUUGUUUUCUUACAACAUCGUCAUAUGCCGCAUUGGACGGUUUCCUGUAUUGCAAGCACCAUUUCGCUCAAUUGUUUAAGGAAAAAGGCAGUUACAGUCAUCUAACUAAGACAUCUUCGAUGAAGAGAAGCCCCUCUGGCGGGAAAUUCGAUGCCGAAUCCGAUUCGGAACCGAAAUCGGAAGAUAACAAAACCGGAACCGAAGCUCAACCUGAUCCAUGAAGGAAAAUACUUUGAUUUGAACCUUCAUGGGACAAUAUUUGUGGUUUAAAAUCUCAGUAUAAUUUUGGUGUUUGAUAUUUAUAUAUAGAUAUAUGCAUGUGUCUUGAUUUAGUCCCAUGAAGAUGUUCAAUGUGGGGUCUAAAGGUGUUGUUUGAUAUUUUAUUAAAAACUAAUUGUUGUUUUAAAUUAUGUGAAAAACUUUAUCAAAGGGAAUUAAAAUGUUACCUUAUAUUUAAAUUGCCCCAGUUGA